AUGGCGACCCCGGACAUCUCUCAGUUAACGCCAACUCAGCAAGAAGCUCUUCAAACGUACACCGCCGUCACCGACCAAGCUGACCCAAUUGCCGCAAUCGCUCUUCUGCAACGAUGCGAGUGGAACGUACAGAUUGCCAUAGCCCGUUUCUUCGAUGGUGAGCCUGCCACAGAUCCUCUCGCAGAGGCGCAGGCGCAAAUACCUACUACGUCCACCCGCCAGACCGCAAACCUACAAUAUGAGAACCUGCUGGCGGCUACUCGGCCAUCGCAUAGAGCAUCACGGAUCGAGCCCGAGGACAUAGUCCACCGGGUCGACACAGGCGGCACAGUUCCCGAGCAGACGUACCGACCAUCACCACUCUUCUCCAUCAUCUUCACACCAGUCAACGUCCUCUACCGAGUAUUCAGCACGAUCCUAUCACCAUUUGGUUUUCUGGUGCCUACAUUCCUCUCCCGCCUCUUCCACCGGUUACUUUACCAAUCGCAGACGCAGACACCCACCCAAAGAAGAGCUCUUCCACCAGCAGAAAAUGCCAGGAGAUUUAUCCGCGAGUUCAGUGAAGAGUUUGGCGACCACAACGACGAGAGCACGAAUGGAGGGAGCUCCACUGCCCUCCUGCCUUUCGCAGAGUCCGGCUUUAACUUCACCCUCGACACCGCAAAGAAAGACCUGAAGUUCCUCUUGGUCGUGCUUCUGUCCCCAAGUCACGACGAAAACGCAACCUAUAUACGCGAGACAUUGCUCUCAACCCAACUCAAAUCCUUCUUCGACUCCCACGAGUCCGAUCUCAUUUUGUGGGGAGGCAAUGUACGAGACUCAGAAGCCUACCAGGUGUCGGCAAAUCUACAGUGCACAAAGUUCCCCUUUGCAGCGCUAAUCUGCCAGUCGUCCGAGCCGGGCUCAAGCGGGCAGAUGACGGUAGUGUUGCGUGCCGUGGGGCCCAUGCCUCCGGCAGAACUGGUCGCUAAGCUCGGCACAGCAAUCACGUCUCAUCAAGCGUCCCUUUCUGCCGCACGAGCCCAGCAAGCCGAGCGUACAGCGACUCAGAAUCUGCGGAGAGAGCAAGAUUCCGCUUAUGAAAGAUCACUAGCCCAGGACCGAGAACGAGCGAGACGGAGGAGGGAAGAGGAAGAAGCCGCUAGGAGGGCGGAGGAGCAGGCGCGGGAACAGGUGCGACUAGCGGAGAAGAAGAAGAGCAACAUGCACCAGUGGAGAAGGUGGCGCGCUCAGUCUCUUCCUCUCGAGCCAGCCGGAAAUGUCAACGACGCGAUACGUGUAAGUAUCAAGAUGCCUUCUGGCGAGAGGGUAAUAAGGAAAUUCCGCGCCGAGGCGGAGAUGGAGGAACUUUAUGCUUUUGUGGAAUGCUAUGAGAUUCUUAAGGCCCGGGAGGCGGAAGCGGAAGACGAAAAGGACGUGGAGGAGCCGGAAGAAUAUGAGCAUGAAUACUCAUUCCGGCUCGUCUCUCCUAUGCCUCGAAAGGUGUAUGACCUCCAAGGCGGCGGCUCGAUAGGGGAGAGAGUGGGAAAGGGGGCGAACCUGAUUGUUGAGCCUAUCACUGAGGAUGACGACGAAGUGGACGACGAAUGA